CACUUUGUCAGUGGUCAACAGAAAUCUAAACAAGGCAGAAGAAGACCACUGAGCAAACCUGUGUGAAAUGAGCUCCUCUGAAGGGAAGAUUAUAUCCGUAAUUGGAAGUGGGCUGAUUGGGCGCUCCUGGGCCAUGGUGUUUAUGAGUGGAGGCUACAGAGUGAAAGUCUAUGACAACAAACCUGGCCAGGCUGCCAGGGCCAUCCAGGAUGUCAGGAAACAACUUGAGGAGCUGCAGGAAGCCCACAUGCUGAGGGGGGAUCUAAGCGCCUCAGAACAGCUAGCCCUACUGAGCAGCCACGAUGACCUCCCCCAGGCACUAGAGGGAGCCUUCUUUGUUCAGGAGUGUGUGUUUGAGGAGGUCGAGGCCAAGCAGGGUGUCUUCCAGGCGGUGGAGAGUCUGGUGGGAGAGGACGUGAUCCUCAGUAGCUCCACCUCCUGUCUGUUACCUAGCAACGUGUUCGCCCGGGUCCAGAACCGGAAGCGCUGUAUCAUAUCUCACCCGGUGAACCCACCCUACUACGUGCGGCUGGUGGAGCUGGUGCCACACCCUGAGAUGUUGCCGGGGGUGAUGGACAUCACCUUCGCCCUGAUGACCUCGGUGGGCCAGGCCCCAGUCAGGCUGAAGAAGGAGAUUGACGGCUUUGCCCUGAACCGUUUGCAGUACGCCAUCAUCGCUGAGUCCUGGAGGCUCGUCCAGGACGGUGUCAUCUCAGUCAGGGACAUUGACCUUGUGAUGUCAGAAGGUUUAGGAAUGCGCUACGCUUUUAUUGGUCCAAUGGAAACCAUGCACCUCAAUGCACCUGAAGGUCUUGAGGACUAUCUCAAGCGCUACAGAGAGGGCAUGAGGAGAGUUCUGACCACAUUUGGACCCGUUCCUGAAUUCUCGGGGGAAGCGGCUGAGCGUAUCAACAAAGAGAUGUGUGAGAUGAUUCCUCCUGACCAUCAGAACCUGUCUGCCAAGAGAGAGAGGAGAGACCAGCUCCUAAUGGGUCUGGCCAACCUGAAGAAGUGACCCCAGGGCUGUUAAAACGGGGUGGGCUGGGUUCUGACAGGGGCUGCUGUCACUUAAACGUCCGCCGAGGAGCGUGGUGAUGACAAUGUUUCUGAGUACUGUACCUUUCGGUCCUCACGCGCAGUCGGUCAACAAAUCUGGGAUGUUACUGUAGUCCUCACUCAGAAUAAAGCAAUCUGGGUAUUUAUUACUGAGGCAUCAAAAAAAAAAAUCUAACCACCAUAUUUGUUAUGCAAUCGACAGUUUGAUCAUCAGAAAAUGGAUUUCCUGGUUUAGUCAUAACAAAGUGGCUUCUUGAAUUAUUAAUAUUAAGUGUGAAAACUGUAUGUUGAAAAGUUAAGGAGGCUGUUUGCAUCAAUCGAUGUCAAAUUAGUCAAGACUAUGGAUUUUUCAGGGUUACUGUAGAAUAUUCACCAAUACAAGUACCAAGUCAUCAAUAGUUUAUGCCAAAUAAAUCAUCACUUUGUCAGAUAUUUAUACCCAAAAUGACUUGAGAGUUAGCCUUUUGAUGAUUCGUUUUUUCCUAACUUUCCUAACCCAUUACAUUUUCACACACAAUGCAUAUGAGCUUGGAACACCUACCAUUUGACUUUGCCUUUUAAGGAGGGACUGUUAAGUAUUUCUCAUCAUUUGAAUUUAGUAAAUCACAAUACUGUAAGGUAUGGCAUCAAAUAGAGCAGCAUUUCUGACCUUUGGUCAUGUGAAAAGUUUUAUAUAGAGUCUAGCCUGAGCCAGCCACUUCAUACAAUCAAUCAAUAAAUUUAUAAAUCAGGAUACAAAGAAAAAGGGCACACUCCUUAGGUUUACAAGGAUUUACAGUGGAGAAGAACUGAUCCUACCCCCCGUCACAUUAAUAUAGCAGUGUAAAAACUUGGGGCUGAGACAUGGGGGUCAUGUGACGCUGUGGCCCUCUCUGUGGGAAGCCCCCGACAG